CGAACCAUUCAAAGUCAUUGAGUCAGCAAAUUCCCAAGUCUUUCUAGCUUAGAGCACCAUCUAUCUGGUAAGAGGCUGGGAGGGCUUUCUGUUUGUUUGCGUUUCACAAUGGAAGCAAUCAUUUCUGCGGUUCUUGGUGAUCUUGUCGGCAGAGCUAUAUCCUUCGUGGUCAAGAAGCUCCGCGAGCAGACAACCUCUGAGGAGGAUCUGCAGAGGCUGCGCCAGCUGCUUCUGAGGGUAAGUGCCGUUGUUGAGGAGGCCGAGGGGCGGCGUGUCACAAACCGAGGGAUGAUACAUCAGGCUAGCACGAUGAGAGAGCAAAUGUUCAGAGGGUACUACCUUCUUGACACCUUCAGGUCCAGAGAGAAGGAGGCCGAUGAUGAGGAGGUGAGUCGCUUCUUGUUUGCUCAAUCCAAUUUCAAUCCGGCUAAGCGUAUUCGCUGUCUUUCUAGCAACAGUCAGAUUGAGAGCACGGUAAUUGGUAGAGAAAGCAGUCAGGAGUUGAAACAGGUUGUUCUUGGCCUAGAAAGCGUGGUUGCUGAUAUGAAGGAGUUUGCUAUAUUUCUGAUGAGCUACCCUCGCAUGUACCAGCAACCCUAUGGGGCAUAUUUAUUUGUGGACAAGUAUAUGUUUUGCCGCCAAAUGGAGAGGGAACAAGCCAUCAGCUUCUUGCUACAAGCUGAGCCUCCAGGGAAUGGAAAUGUGGGCGUCCUUCCAAUUGUUGGUCCUGCACGAGUUGGGAAGAGCACUCUUGCGGACCAUGUUUGCAAUGAUGAGCGUGUGCAGAAUCACUUCUCCUUGAUCUUGCUCUACACUGGAAACGACCUUAAAGAUGAAACAGUGACAAGUUUUAGAGAUCAUUGUACGAUCAAGCAUCAAAAUAUUGGCUUGGAUGAAAAAAGGUUGUUGGUUGUCAUUGAGCUCUUAGGGGAUGUGGACAAAGGGGCAUGGAAGAGGCUGCUACACUUGUAUGAACUAUACAUGCCACAUGGGAGCAAAAUCAUAAUCACCAGCCGAUCAGAGAAGACGGCCAGUCUUGGAACAACGGAAGCUGUCAGGCUAAAUUAUUUGUCAAAAGAAGCUUACUGGUAUUUCUUCAGGACGCUCGUGUUUGGUAGCACGGAUCCGGAGGAGCACCCAAAGCUAACAUCCAUUGCCAUGGAGAUAGCCCUAGAGAUGCGUGAAUCUUUCUUAUACGCAUAUAUCAUUGCUGCCUUACUGAGAGAAAAUAUUAGUGCUCGGUUCUGGUGCAGGGUUCUCAGACACCUUAGGGAGCACAGGCAGAAGAAUAUCUUGUUGUUAGGUGAAUGUCCUGUUGAUGAAGAACAGCCACGGUAUGUUUGGAGCAUGGCCAAAAGGCGGCAAGGUUCUGAGGAUAUUAAGUUCUAUCUGCAAGGGUGUGACCCUCAAAAAGGGCCUGCUUCUCAUGGCGAGAUUCCAAAGAUAACAGUGAUGGAUCUUAUAUCUGGCACCUGGAGUGCUAUGCCACGGGGAAAAUUUGAGGUCUUGUCCUGGAGGUCUGUUAUACCACCGUACUACAGCUACACAACUGUUUGUGAGUUUGUCCGGCACGAGAGUAGUACCACAGCAUAGAUGAAGAAGAGGAGCGCUCUUUGGCACCGUCGUGACACUGCUUUGAAUUACUGGUGGUUCUCUUCUUGUCUUAUGGACCAUGGUUCACCAGAUUGGUAGAUGCGACUUCCUUGCUUUGCUGGUGUUAAAGUUGGUGUAUUUAAGUUGAUCUGGUUCUUGACUCGAGCUUAUAUGGAGUAUAUUGUAACUGGUACCUAAUUACUGGUUGUGCUUACUUGUAUGGAGCUAGGUGUUAGUACAUAUAUGGCUCCUUAAUUACCGGUUGAGCUUAUAUGGAGCUAGAUGUUUACAUAGGGCUCCUUAAUUGCCGGUUGUGCUUGUAACCACUUGUGUACUCUUCAUCUGAAUAAA